UCGGUCGUAAUCAACCCUUGAAAAAAGAGAAACCGAAAUGGAAAAGUGAUUACCCCAUGACAGACGGACAGUUGCGCAGUAAGAGGGACGAGUUUUGGGACACGGCACCAGCUUUCGAAGGUCGCAAGGAGAUUUGGGAUGCCUUGAAGGCUGCUGCACACGCUUUCGAGAGCAAUGAUCACGAACUGGCACAAGCAAUCAUUGAUGGUGCAAACAUAACACUACCCCAUGGUGCUCUUACAGAGUGUUACGAUGAACUGGGCAACCGCUACCAGCUUCCCGUCUACUGCCUCGCCCCACCUAUCAACAUGAUAGAGGAGAAGGGUGACCUGGAGACUCUGGAUAUUCCUGAUCCCCCACCCAAUUCAGGGCACGAAUGCCAGCUUCGUUUGCGCCUGUCCACAGGCAAAGACCUCAAACUCAUGGUCCGCAGCAUGGACACGGUGUACCACAUGAAGAGGCGGCUGCACGCGGUGGAGGGCGGGGAGCCGGGCAGCCAGCGCUGGGUCUUCUCGGGCAGGCCGCUGGCAGACAAAAUGAAACUGGAGGAGCUGAAAAUCCCAAAGGACUACGUGGUGCAAGUCAUCGUGAGCCAGCCCUUAGCAAAUCCCACCCCGGUGGAAAACUGAUUUCUGCUUGUUUAUUGAUUCUUCUUUCCUCCGUCUCUGUCAUGGGGUUUGUUUUCACUGCCCUCUCUUCUUUUGGUUUGUCCUGCUAAUGGAUUGGUUCCACAAAAUGACCAGCAAAAAUUCCAUCUGUGAUGGAGAUCUGCAAAAACAAAACAUAAAAAUGUAAACUGGCCUUUGGGGUUUGCCUGAUCUGAUAUUGAACACAACAGCAAGCAGCACAGGGCAAGAGCAAAGGAAGGAACGGGAUUGGGAAGGGAAAAGGGAUGAGAGAUACAAGGAGGGAGGGAAGGGAUUGUAGUUCACUUAAUACACAAAUGUAAUGAUUCUUAAAACUGUAGGUGGUGUCCUGAUCCAUGGAGCUAGAGCAA